AUGUUUUUGAAGAUCCCUUUCAGCUCUGAUGUUGUGCAGAUCUCCAGACAAUACCUGCACUGCAAUGACGAGAAGAUGCACAAGUCGCUGGGGGGCGUUGUGAUCCCGCCCAUCCCGAAGGCUGCGGUGUCUGCUGGGGCCUCCUCCUGUACGCCUGGCUCCCUUCCCAGCCGCUUGCCUCCAGGCCAGGGUGUCCUCAUGGGCCUGAGGGUCCCCCGCACUCGAUUGGUUCGGGAGAGUGGGCCUCGGGAGAAGACCCCUAAAUCUCUGGAGCCAAGACCUUCGGCCCUGCCUGUCAGAGACAGGUCUGCCACCCCUGAGAAGCCCGCCCUGCUUUCAUCUCAGUCUGCUCCUACACUGACAGCUUUCUCCUUCGGCCAGGCCAAAGGAGCCCGCCCCUCGCUCAAAGAAGAGGACCAGAAGGAGAGCAGUACCAAGAUCCAGGUCACCAUCUCCAAGUCUGCCCAGGAGAAGCUGCGGCUGAGGCAGAUGAAGGAGAUGGAGUUGCUCCAGAGGGCAAAGGAGCUGGAGAGGGAAAGGGAGCUUGCUUCCCAGAGCCUGGCCUCCCGGAGAGCCCUGAUGAAGGAAGGCCUCCUUCCCCUCCGGGGUAGUGGGACCAUGUCCUUGCCCACGGGGCUUAGCAGCCCACGCAGAAACAUCGGUGGCAUCCUGAGGAAGCGGGCCAACCGGGCCUCACUGCCCAGCAUCCCUGUCAGCAAGCAGGAGCCCAGCUUUGCCCGCCAUGCUUCAGCCAAUUCAUUACCCGCGGUGCUUACCUUGGGGUCUCCCGAAUGGGAAGAAGAGGAGGAAGAAUUUGAUCCUAGAACCUUUAAGGAGUUGAGGCCUUUCUCGAACCCUGAGCUGGGGCUGAUGGAUGCCCUCCAGUGCCUGGAGAGCAGCGACUGGCAGAUGAAGGAGAAGGGCCUGCUGAGUGUCCAGCACCUGGCGGUCUGUCAUUCAGAUGUCCUUGCUGGGAGGCUACACGAUGUGUCCUUGGCUGUGACGGGGGAGGUCACCAACCUCCGCUCCAAAGUGUCCUGCCUGGCCAUCAGCACCCUGGGAGCCCUCUUCCGGGCCUUGAAGAAGAACAUGGACCAGGAGGCUGAGGAGAUUACCCGCAGCCUGCUCCAGAAGAUGGGGAACACCAGCGAGUUCAUUCAGAGAGCCGCCCACCGCUCCCUGGGGGCCAUGGUGGAGAAUGUGACCCCCGCCCGCUCCCUGGUGGCCCUCACCUCAGCGGGCAUCUACCACCGAAACCCCUCAGUCCGGAAAUGCACUGCCGAGCACCUCUCAGCCGUCCUGGAGCAGAUAGGCGCCGAGAAACUUCUCUCGGGCACCAGGGACAGCACGGAGAUGCUGGUGCACAACCUGGUGAGACUGGCCCAGGACUCCAACCAGGACACCAGGUUUUAUGGCCGCAAGAUGGUGAAUAUCUUGAUGUCGAAUACGAAGUUUGAUGCAUUUCUGAAGCAGAGCCUCCCGUCUCAUGACCUACGGAAGGUCAUGGCGGCUAUUAAGCAGAGGGGAAUAGAAGAAAGCGAUGGACUUCCAUCUGCCAAGGGCCACAAGGUGUCGAGGAGUCUGGUGCUGGGUGAGAACGGGCUGCCCAGCAAGAAUGGGCUCGGCUCCAACGGCGCUCGGCUGGUGGGGCUUCGCUCCUCCGUGCGCAGCGGCCUCGGGGUGGCGGAGCAUCUUCGGGAGCUGACGCGGCUGCUGGAGGCCAAAGACUACCAGUCCCGGAUGGAAGGCGUGGGGCAGCUCCUGGAGCACUGCAAGGCCAAGCCAGAGCUUAUCACCGCCAACCUGGUCCAGGUCUUUGAUGCUUUCACCCCAAGGCUUCAGGAUUCCAACAAGAAAGUGAACCAGUGGGCACUGGAGUCCCUUGCCAAGAUGAUCCCCCUCCUCAAAGAAAGCUUACACCCCAUGCUGCUCUCCAUCAUCAUUGCUGUUGCAGACAACCUCAACUCCAAGCACUCGGGGAUUUACACCACCGCGGUGACUGCACUGGAUGCCAUGAUUGAGAAUCUGGGUGAGCCUCCUGCCUCAGCCCUGCUUGGCUCUGGUAGGGAGCCGACUUGA